AGAUGAUGAUGAAGAAGAAGAAGAGUUUGAAGGAGAAUUUAAUGAACAAGAAUAUGAUAAUGCCAUGGGUACUGCCAUGUUGGAUUUAUUUGAAGAUGAAGAAGAAGAAGAAUUGGAAACUUCAAAAUCAAGUGAAAAUUUAUCAUCUUAUCAAAAGCAACAACAAAAAUUACAAGAAGAAAUAGCCAAAUUAGAAGCUGAAUUAAUUGCUGAUAAGAAAUGGACUAUGAAAGGGGAAAUUGCUGCUAAAGAUAGACCCCAGGAUUCCUUAAUUGAUGAAUCUGAAUCAAGUAAUUUAAAAUUCGAUCGUACUUCCAAACCUGUUCCAAUCAUUACUGAUGAAGUCACAGAAACUAUUGAAGAUUUGAUUAGAAGAAGAAUAAAAACUGAAGAUUAUAAUGAUUUACCAAAACGUUUAAUAUCAGAUGUGUCUAAAUAUUAUCAAUCAAAACGAGAUAAAUAUGAAUUAUCAGAACAAAAAUCAUCUAAAUCAUUAGCUGAAUUAUAUGAAGAUGAAUAUACUAAAUCAAGUACCGAUGGAGGAGAUGCAGAAACCAAAAUAAGUGAUGAAGUUCAAAAGCAACAUGAUGAAAUCACUGAAUUAUUUAGUAGUGUUACUCAUAGUUUGGAUGCCUUAAGUUCUGCUCAUUUCGUUCCAAAGCCUCAUCAAUUUAAAACCAUUGAAAUUAAAGUUACUGAUGCUGUUAAUAUGGAAGAUGCUCAACCAUUGAAUGUAACUAGUGAAUCUCAAUUAGCUCCACAAGAAAUAUAUAAAAUCGGUGAUGGUAAACAAAAGGGUGAUGGAAAAGUGUUAUUGAAGUCAGGGUUAUCUUACUCUAAAGAUGAGUUAUCAACUGAUGAGAAACAAAGAUUAAGAAGAGCAGGUAAAAGAAAGAGAUCGAAAGAUUUCAACAAGAGAAAGGAAAGAAUUGAAGCUAAAGAAGCUGCUGAUAAAGCAAACUCUAAGGAUAGCAAUAAUCCAAAUAAACGUCAAAAAGUUAGUGCAGUUGUCGAUACAUUAUCUAAAGCUAAGAAUGUUACUGUUAUUGAUAAGAAAGGUCAAUUACGUGAUGUUAAAGGUAACCUUAAGAACAGUGGUGGAGCACAAGACUCCAAUUCAUUCAAAUUAUAGAUUAGUUAAGGAGAAGCUAUGUAAUAUUAUGUGUAGAGUAACUAGAAAGAAAAAAAUGCAUUUGCCACAUUAUAA